AUGUGGACACAGAGGCGGUGGGCGGCACUCGCAGUGUUGUCAAUAAUCUCACUGCUGUCAGAGGAGGCGGCUGCUAUUGAAGUCCCUCUGGACCCAAAGAUCCAGCAAGAGCUGAAACAGCCCCCCACCAUUGUGAAGCAGUCACUAAAGGACUACAUUGUGGACCCCAGAGAUAACAUCAUCAUUGAAUGCGAGGCCAAGGGGAACCCAGUGCCAACGUUUCAGUGGCGGCGGAAUGGAAAGUUCUUUAAUGUGGGUAAGGACCCACGGGUGACCAUGAGAAGUCGAUCUGGAACACUAGAGAUCAGAAGCAGUGGAAAACCAGAAGAUUAUGAAGGAGAAUACCAGUGCUUUGCCUCCAACAACUUGGGCACAGCCAUUUCCAACAAAAUCCUGCUUCGAGUGUCAAAGUCUCCGCUGUGGCCAAAGGAGGUUUUGGAACCGGUAACUGUGCGUGAGGGAUCACCGCUCGUCCUGGCCUGCAACCCUCCUCCUGGUCUUCCCCCUCCUGAAACCUUCUGGAUGGACAGCUUCAUUAUGCCUAUAGCACAGGACAGGAGGGUGUCAAUGGGCCUGAACGGUGACUUGUUCUUCUCCAACGUUCUGGCUAAAGAUGCCAAGACUGACUACAGCUGCAAUGCUCGCUUCGAGUUCACACACACCAUACAGCAGAAGAACCCCUACACACUUAAAGUGCAAACAAUGCGUAAUAUACCGGAAACCCAGCCCACCUUUCUAUCUCCAACGGGCUUGUCCAGCACCAAGAUGGUGCUCAGAGGAGAAGAACUUCUCCUGGAGUGUAUAGCAGCUGGAGUACCAACUCCUACCAUUACCUGGUCCAAAAGAGGAGGAGACCUGCCAACGAAAAAAGUCAGGAUUGGGAACUUCGAUAAAACCUUACGCAUUCUCAAUGUGUCUGAGGAAGACAUUGGCAGCUACACCUGCAUGGCCAGCAACAGAAUUGGCAGCAUUCGCCACACAGUUGAAGUCCAGGUCAAAGCUGCUCCAUUUUGGCUAGAAAAGCCCAUCAAUCUGGUUCUUGCCCCUGAUGAGAGUGGACGGUUAGUGUGCCGUGCUAACGGGAGUCCCAAACCCACUAUUCAAUGGCUGGUGAAUGGAGAACCCAUUGAAAGUUCACUCCCCAACCCCAAUCGGAGAGUUCUUGAUGACACGAUCAUAUUUGAGACGGUUCAGUUUGAAAGCAGUGCAGUUUACCAGUGUAACGCCUCCAAUGAGCACGGUUAUCUUCUGGCAAAUGCUUUCGUCAGUGUUUUGGAUAUGGCACCGCGGAUGCUUGGCCCGAAAAACCAGCUGAUCAAAGUCAUUGAAAACAACAGGACCUUCCUCGAGUGUCCUUUCUUUGGCUCACCGCUCCCUUUACUUCGCUGGUUUAAGAAUGGACUUGGCAGUGGUUUGGAUGGUGGUCACUACAGGCUAUACCACAAUGGCACUUUGGAGAUCAAGCAGGCCCGGACAGAAGACCAGGGCACCUACACCUGCGUCGCCAGCAACAUUCUGGGCAAGAUGGAGAAUCAAGUGCGCCUAGAGGUUAAAGAGCCCACAAGAAUAGUCCGCGCACCUGAACAUAAGACGGAACCCAGAGGAACCACAGUUCGAUUCGACUGUCGAGUUAAACAUGAUCCUUCCCUUCCUGCUACAGUCACAUGGCUGAAAGAUGAAAAGCCUCUGAGCUUCAGCUGGAUUGGCCGGUUGAAAAAGGAUGAUGAGUCCUUGACUAUUUACAAUGUCAAUCCAGACGAUGGAGGAACCUACACAUGCACAGCCAAAACUGAGAUAGACGAGGACACUGCCUCAGCUCGCCUUACUGUUACAGAGAAUGACAGCUCGUCUGCUUCAAAUCGUAGUGCCUCUGCAGGUCGACCCGACCCACCUCAGGAUCUGGAACUCUCGGACCCUUCAGCACGCAGUGUCAGACUCACCUGGGUGCCCGGAAAUGAAAACAACAGUCCUGUUACACAUUUUCUAGUCCAGUUUGAAGAGGACAGGUGGGAGCCAGGGAAGUGGCAGAACCUGUCAAUUUAUGAUUGGAACCUAAACUCAGUUAACCUUCAGCUAUCACCAUUCGUCAACUACCAGUUCAGAGUAAUUGCGAUCAAUGCUGUGGGUCAGAGUCAACCCAGCCACCCCUCUGCACGUUAUCAGACCAGCGGAGCCCCUCCUGAUGUUGUACCAAGUGGACUUAAAGGGUGGGGAAGCAAAAAAAACAACAUGGAGAUCACAUGGCAGGCCAUGCAGAACACAGAGAGGAAUGGGCCAAACCUGCGAUAUGUGCUCUCCUGGAGAAGAAAAGACACAGAAGAAGAGUGGAAUAACAUCACCACAGCCAAAACAAAACACGUUGUCCAUAAUACAGACACCUACGUUCCUUAUGAGAUCAAAAUACAGGCUGUCAAUGACUUUGGACAUGGCCCAGAGUCAAACAUGGUCAUCGGUUAUUCUGGGGAAGACAAACCAUCCGCUGCACCAACAGAUCUUAGGGUGUCAAAGAUCAAUAGUACCAAAGUCAAUAUUCACUGGGAGCCUGUGGAGCAGAGCAGUGUGAAUGGAGAAUUUAAAGAAUACAAGUUGUACUACUGGCGGGAGGCCAGCCUCAUAAAGGGCCUGAAAGUAAAUAAGACAAAGUUGCAUAAGGGAUUCUUUACCACAGCAGAACAUCCCUCUGGCAUCCUGACUGAGCUCUAUCCAUACAGCAAAUAUAAGAUGUAUAUGGUGGUUGCUAACCGAGAACAUGAAGGGCCGCAAAGCAAUACUGUGGAGUUUUACACCAAGGAGGGAGAGCCAGGGGCUCCAAAAUACUUUAGGAUUCUAAGGCACACGGACGUGGUUCACCUGAAGUGGGACAAACCACUGGAGCCAAACGGUGUCCUGAUUGGAUACACACUCCAGUACCACACAGUGAACGGGACACAGGCGGGAGAGAGGAAAGUCCAGAGUUUCCCACCCAAUGUGACGGAGUACGUCAUGAAUCUGCCUCACCGCUUCACGCGCUUCAAGUUCUUCCUAGCAGCCCGUACGCAGGUCGGAGCAGGAGAAGUGUACGCUGUCGAGUCUCCACACUUCACCAAUGAAGGCACCCCAGAUACUGACUCUACAGUUGUAGCCGUUAACUUUACAGAUGGCUUGAUGUUCGAAAUUCCUCCUCCUCCCCUUCCCCCCUCCACUGACCCAAACCCAACAAUAUUCACCCCAGAACCAACUCCACCAGUCCCUACAACUGCUGCUCCAACCAAACCUACUACCACCACCACCACCACCACUACUACUACUACAACUUCUACUACUACUACAACUACCACAACUACUACAACAACCACCACUACUACAGCAGCUUCCACCACAGUUGCUCCAGUUCGGCCCGUGCCUCCCAAAACAGUGGAUUGGAAAAUGCUGGCUCCGAAUGUAAAGAUCUGGAAUCUGACGGUGGAUGCUAACAAUGACAAUGCUAACGUCAGCUGGAAGCACAACUUCUCCGUUGACAGCAGCAAGUUUGUUGUAGAGUUCACACUGGACAGUAAUGGGUCGAUGACGAGCAUUCAAGUAAACCAGCAGCCUCACAUUAAGCUGGCUGGGCUGGUGGCUGGGGCCAAGUAUCGGUUGCGGGUCUAUUCGCAUGAGCACAACUCCAUCAGCAGCGACUAUGUCACGUUCGAGACAGGCAGAGCCUAUAAGGAGCAGGAAGACAUCGCUACUCAGGGCUGGUUCAUUGGGUUGAUGUGUGCCGUCGCUUUAUUGGUUCUGAUUCUGCUCAUUGUUUGUUUCAUCAAGAGGAGUCGUGGAGGAAAAUACCCAGUGAGAGAGAAGAAAGACCUCCCCUUAGAUCCCGUCGAUCAUAAAGACCAAGAUGGAUCAUUUGACUAUCACAGCGACGAAGACAACAAGCCGUUACAGGGCAGCCAAACGUCCCUGGACGGGAACGUUAAAGAAAGCGAUGACAGUCUCGUGGACUACGGCGAAGGAGGAGAUGGACAAUUCAACGAGGAUGGUUCCUUCAUCGGCCAAUACACAGUAAAGAAGGACAAAGAGGAGACAGAAGGAAAUGAGAGCUCAGAAGCCACAUCACCUGUCAAUGCCAUCUACUCUUUGGCAUAG